AUGCAAGCUAUAAUAUAUGAAAUUGAUAAAGAAUCAUAUGAAGUUAAACGAGAAGACGAAGAUCAAAUAAUAACCACUAUUGAAGAUUUAAUUGAAGAAUUACCUGACACUCAACCUCGAUAUGUUGUAUUAUCAUAUCCAUUCAAAUUAUCUGAUGGAAGAUUGAAAACUCCUUUGGUGUUACUUUAUUGGAUCCCACCUACUAGUGGUCAAGAAAGUAGAAUGCUAUAUGCUGGAGCUUUGGAACAAUUUAGGGAUAAAGCUGGAGUGUCUAAGUUGAUUAAAGUUGAAGAUGAAGAUGACUUUGACGACAUUCAAGAACAAUUACUAUAA